GAUGGUCUUGUCAAAACCUGUGAUGUAAAAAUGUCGGUAAAAUAAUGUCAAAGUUCCAUGACAACUUUUGAAGAAGCUUUUGAAGAAACUGGUCAUGGCGCGUUCAACUACGUAGUGUUGGUGACAUGCGGGCUAGUCCUGUUGUAUGCGACGGUGGAGUCACUCGGUAUAGGGUACAUCAUCACAGCAGCAGAAUGCGACCUGGGACUGACUGGGAACGAGAAAGGCUUGAUCAACGCCGCCGCGUUUAUAGGUAUAUUCUCGACGGCCAUCAUCUGGGGCUACCUGAGUGACCGCUUCGGACGACGCGCGGUCAUGCUGCCGGCCAUCGGCGCGGGAACGGUCGUGUCCUUCGUCUCGUCCCUGUCCGGCAACUUCUGGACCUUGUUCAUACUGAGGUUUCUUACAGGAUGCCUGGUAUCUGCAUCAAGUGCAACCGUGUACGCGUACCUCGGCGAAAUGCACACGGACUCCCGCCGAGCGUCCGCCAUUGCGUUCGGGUCCACCUUCAUCGCGUUCACUUUCAUCGUAUUGCCGGUCAUGGCGUGGCUGAUCCUCUCCAGCAACUGGUCGUUCACCCUAAUCAAUGUGAAGAUGGUGCCAUGGCGAGCGUACAUCUGGUCUUGGUGCACACCUGGUAGAUUUUUGACUUUUAGCAGCAAAUAAGUGACACUGAUAUUCACAAUUUCAAAG